AUGUUUAUGUUCAACUUUGAUAAUGGUCACGAUCCAAAUAGGCCAUCAUUUUUUGAAAUGUUAAAUCAACAUCAAAUGAUGCCUUCUUUCAAACCUGCAUUAAAGUAUAUAUUCACUGUACUUUCUCAAAGAAAUCCUAAAUUUAGAUAUAUUGUUAAUUAUUAUGAUGAAUGUUUUUAUUCAUUAUUAUUAUUACUAGAAUAUCAUUAUUUAAAAUAUUAUGAGGGAUCAUUUUCAGAGAAUUUUUAUAAUUUAAAAAGAAUUAAACCAAGAAAUAAUAAUGCAAAUGGUGAUGGUGAUACAUUAUUUUCAUUAUUGAAAAGAUUAGUAGUAACACCAUCAAAUGCAGGACAAGGACCAGAAACAUAUACAAAAAGUCAAAUUUUAAAGAAAUCAUUUGCAAUGAUACGUAGAAAUAGAGCAGCAGCAUCAUCAUCACAACAAGCUAAAGAUGAUUUAAAUACAAUGAUUCAAGAUAGCGAUAGAAAAGAAUCAUUAAUAUAUUUAGUACUCAUACCUUAUUUUAAAGGUAAAUUAGAUGAAUAUUAUAAAAAAGAAUCUGAUCCAUUAGCAGAACUUGGUUUAGUGUCAUCAGAUAACAAUAAUAAUAAUAAUGAUAAUAUUAAUGACCAAAUUCAACAACUUGAAGAACAGAUUCAACAACAACAAACAAUUGUCAAUGGAAAUAAUAAUAGUAACAAUAACAAUAAGAAAUUAAAGAUUAAAUUUUUAAUUUUAAUCAGAUUUUUAAAAGGUUCAAAAACAUUAAAAAAAUUAAAAACAAUAUUCUUAAAAGUUUAUCCAUUCAUAAGUGCAAUCUAUGAAGCACUUUUCUUUAUUUAUCAAUUAUUAUAUCUCUAUGAAUAUACAAAUUAUUAUACACCAUUCUUUCAUUUUCAAAAUAUACAAUUAAAAAGAUUAAAUCAUAAAGAUAUUGAAUCACAUAGAGUUGUAAUAUCAAAUAGAAGAAGGGAUAGAAUUAAUUUUGUUAGGGAUUGGCCAGGUUCAAGUUUCUUUGUUAGAUUAGUUUCAAUUUUAGAUUCGAUUUUAGAUUAUUCAAAAUAUAUUUUACCAUUAUCAGUUUUCAUAUUUAAAUCAUUAGAAUGGUGGUAUAGUGAAAAUAGAAUAUCUGCUCCAACUUUACCAAUUCCAACACCUCCAACUCCUUCAAAGAGAGCACCAGGUGGAUUAGAAAUUCCAAGAGAUAAGAGAUUAUGUCCAUUAUGUCUUAAAGAAAGAACAAAUCCAACAAUUUGUGGUAGUGGUUUUGUAUUUUGUUAUCCUUGUAUAUUUGGAUAUGUAAAUGAACAUAGUAAAUGUCCAAUUACUUUCCUACCAACAAAUACUGAACAAUUAAGAAAAAUUUAUGAAACUGUUUAA